GAAAGUUUCAGCGAUUUUUCCGUGAAGGACUACAAUGCCUAAGAACUUCUGCUUACUGUGUCAUUAGUGGCCUAAUGAGGUAUAUUCAAUCUUCAGUCCCUGAUGACUGAUGUAGUUCCCAGAAACUCUCCAGGAAAAGGAUGAUGUUUGGAUUUUGUUGCAAUUUUCUGGCGGAUCCAUCUAUAAAUAAACCAAGGCCAAUAAAAAGCUCAGUAUUUCAUUAACUUUCCUAAAAAUAAACGUAUGCUAUCAAAGCGGUCUUACUUAUGAGACUAACAGGGUCUUGAAGAGGUAGAAUCGUAAGAUGAGAAAGCCUGAUUCAACUUUGACUUUGGCUCGAGUGUGUUUAAGUGUUAUAGAUCAGUCUUCUGUCUAAAUGGAACUUUUGAAUAUAAAAACUAAUAAAGUAGGUAGGUAUUUUAUAUUCACUAUCUCAAACCUGCGUUAUGCGUUUUGUCUAACACAGAUUCUGUUAGCGUGUUAGUUGGAAUACCUAACUAAUACUAGUAGCAAGUAGACAUAAGUAAGUAAUUCUUUUUCGAAUAUAUAAAAAUCUGUCUAGAUACUAAUCCCCUCAUCAAAAACUGUGGAUAUUCAAAAAGUAUUUGAAUACCUAUGAUACUUAUACGCGUUUAUUUCCCUUCUAAGAAUUAACGGCCUAAAGGAACUGCUUAAAUUAAAAUAAAACAUAAGACGUUCUUGCGCAAAACCGAUUCUCAAAACAGUAAUGAAAUGACAUUCAAUAGACUCACGAGUGUUUUUUUUUUUUCAACGUGUCGCAAACCCGUGUCAAGUUCAAAUACAACAAACUUAUAAUAAUGCAACAACUGGCUUAUUAUAUUAUGACGGUGUUCUAAUAGUGUGCAAACGCAUCUAGACAAAAAGGUAAAAACAUUAUGUAAAGUUUAUUUCUGGAGUGUUUAUGUUUUCUAAGAAAGUGUGGGAGAAUGAUCAUUAAUUUAAGUUCCGCAAAAUUCAACGAAAAAAGUUCAUAAAACACAAAAUUAUAAUGUUACAAAAAUGUUCUUCUAAAUGCAAACAGAUACCUAAACUAUGUGGGAUUAACUAAUUUAGAUAUAACCAGGCCCCAGAGAGACUCGCAUUAUCAAAUAGGAUUUAGAAAGUCAAUUGUUUCGGAUGUUUGCUUUUGGCUCUUGAAUAUUUUUAAUUCUGAAUAUCCACAAUGAAGAUAAAUAAGCAACUUUUGCCCAUCAAGGCCCAUUAUUUCUUCUUCAUGUCAGCCAUGGGACCUAUCUUACCCCAACUCUCAGUCUAUGGCAAAGAAAUGGGCAUUUCAACAGUUAUUAUGGGCACAGUAACUGGUGUAUUACCGUUUGCAUUUCUGAUAACCAAACCACUAUUCGGAAUUGUGGUUGACGUUUAUAGGAAUUACAGGAAAACCAUUUUUAUGAUGCUCAUAUUUUUGAUGACAAUAUCUUUUGCUCUAAUUGCCCUCAUACCGGUACCUAAGACACUUGGCCAUAUUGUUGUAGAAGGACCUGUGCAGGACUAUUUUUUGGACACAUGUAAAUUUAUAGAUUUCACCGAGCUGAAUUGCCAAAACCACACAAAAGCGGUCACAUGCACCUCGGAAUGUUUCGAUCAUCCAGAUGAAUUCUUCAUGACCAGUUGUAGCUCGCAGGGCUUCAUCGACGCCAACAACGGAUCGUUUUUGAAACUUUGCUCACCGGACAAUGAAACUUUUCCCUUUCUGCUGGGAGACAGAAGUUGCGAAAUCAAAUGCAUAGAAAAUAACGAAACCGAUGAUAGCGUACUAUAUCACUCUAUAACAUUUUGGUGCUUUUUGAUAUUGAUGUCCAUUGGAAGUAUCGGUUUCAAUGUCACCAACUCGAUAAGUGAUGCGAUUUGUUUUGAUGUUAUCGGUGAAGAUUACGAUUAUGGCAAGCAAAGAGUAUGGGGCACAAUAGGAUUUGGUACAACAGCCCUAUUAUCUGGCUAUAUUGUUGACUUGUUUUCAGGACAGACGAUUUCUUACAUUCCUGCUAUUAUUGUAAUGGUCAUCUUUUCGAUUUUGGAUUUAAUUUGUUGCUUCAAACUUAAGUUGCCGAUCAUCGAAGCACCUAAAAACAUUAUAAAAGACCUCAAAGAACUCAUGAACGACCGCCAAGUCAUCACCUUCAUGAGUUUCGCAAUAUUAGCUGGAAUCCUAGACGGUUUUCUAAUUUAUUUCCUUUUCUGGUACGUAGAAGACUUGGCUGCUGCCACAGAUACCGGAAAUAUAAAAUUACUUGAAGGGCUCAUUGUGGCAGCCGAAACAUUAGGUGGAGAAGUUUUAUUUUUUUCAAUAUCAGGUAAAAUCCUGGAACGUUUUGGUCACGUUCACUGCUUUAGCAUGUGUUUUGUCAACUAUGCUCUUCGGCUAGCCCUAAUAUCGCUUGCUCCAAACCCAUGGUGGAUAUUACCAGUGGAAUUCAUGUUCCAAGGUCCUACUUAUGCUCUAACUUACACUACUAUAGUGGCUUAUGCUAAUGAGCUAGCACCUCCUGGUGCUUCAGCUACCAUGCAAGGAAUAGCUGCUGGAAUGGACGAUGGAGUUGGUUACGCUAUUGGUAGUAUCCUAGGUGGUGUACUAUACAAGUACAUCAAUGGAAGAAGCGCUUUUCAGGUUUUUAGCGCGCUAGGAGUACUUUGCAGUAUUAUACACUUGGUGCUUCACAAAACGUACUUAAAGAUUGACGAUGCUACGGUCACCCUUAAUGGUGGUAGUCAGGUUAUUUACAAGUCGCCUGAAGAAGCUGUGAAGGAUACUUUGAGCGUCUGAGUGCCAGUAUCUGGCAUUGUUUAAAAAAAAGACUGACUUAUGUUAUAUGUAUACCUAUUUAUAUGAAUAUAAUUUAGUUUAAAAUUG